ACUUGUCAGUUCAAAACAUAAAAAGCAUAAAGUCAGACCACUUUUGAACGCUCUGAUGCAUCAGGAGGAAACGCCAGAGAAUUUGCAUCAUUCUUGAGGCCCUAGUGUUGAUUUUUCAAAAUCUGAUUAGUUUUACCCUCCCACGUAUUGAAACAGAGUGUUUGAGUAGUGUAUCAAGGAACUGUGACUGAAAGUGUUCGCUUGCCUGAGCUGUUGAUGAAUUCGAUUGUUUAUAUCCUUCCAAGAGAGGACAUUACCCCCACAGAGUCAAAACCCGAGAAAAAUCGAUUUCCUUUUGCGUUCUUGAAGCACGGCAAGAUCUAUGUUGUGAUGUAGAGAAACAUGGUUUUGAUUGAUUCAGCGGUUUCAAUAGCGAGCCAUAGCUAAAUUUUGCGUGGGAAGUCUGCAAGAAAUGGAAACUAAAAACCCUAUUCUACACAUUCUGGUAGUGGGCUUCCACCACAAGAAAGGAUGCCAGGUGGAGUUCUCUUACCCUCCUCUGAUAGCCGGAUCGGAAGGAAAGCAAGAAUGCCCUUCAGGAUGGAAGUACCUUCCAACCUUGGCGCUCCCAGACGGAUCUCAUAAUUUUAAUAAGGAUUUUGUGUGCUUCAACCUACCAAGCCUAACGGAUCCACACGAAUCCAUCUACGGAAUCAGCUGCUACCGGCAGAUUCCGGUCGAGAAGCUCAAGAUCCGUACGGCGGAGAUGACCCGAAGUACGGUCCAGAAGGCGGUAUGUGCGUUACUGUCGAUCCCAAUCUAUGGAUAUGUGGAAGUUAAGCUAUCGCUGAUAGCCCACGCAUUUUUCGAGCAAGGCGACUUUUCCUGUACGGACAUUUUGGUGGAGGCGUUCGAGCAGCAGAAUGCUUGCCUCUACUCGAUGGACCCGAUGGUGGAGCUAGCUCCAGCCAGGUUGCAUUUCGUAGGAUUGCCACUGAGGGACCUUGUGCUAAAGUGGCGACAUAAAUUACUCAUCUUGUACAAGCUGCUAAUGCUGCAAAAACGUAUCAUCUGUUUCGGAUCACCAGUACAACCAACUUGUGCAUUAAUUUUGGGAGUCGUUUCUCUUCAUCCGGAGCUAUUAUCGAAGGGUUUUCAAGAAGUGGCAUGCGUUAAAACAUCACGGCCGAUGUCACCGAUGCCAAACUUCGGAACACCUCUGGAUGAGACCCAAAAGUUUCCCUCCGAACCGACGUCGCCCGUCAAAGAGUGCAUAAGCGGGGACACGGAUCCACAGGGCGAAUCUUCGGGAUCGGCCUCAUCAACUGCUCAAGUGACCGUGCAGCAAAUGCAACACUCACAGGACACCGAUUCCGGUAGCACUAGCACAACAAGAGAAAUCACACCCUGCUCGGAUGAUGCUCAACUCGGUUCCUUGGAGGACGCAGCUGUUGGACGCAAUGGGACGAACAACGCUCGACCAGCUUUGGCUCGCGAAACCAGCGUUGAUACCAUUGCAUCGAACUUCUCUAGCUUAUGUGCAAUCAAACCGGAAGAAUGGAUGGCACCGUUGAAAAUUUUCCACGAGGGUAACCUCUGUCUGCCGUACUUGUCGCUGCCAUACAUGGACCUGCUAACGGAUCCGUCGGUCAAGGGCUACAUCAUUGGGGCGUCGAAUGUCCUGUUCCAGCAGAAGCGACAACUGGCGGACGUGAUGAUCGAUGUGGAAAAUGCUGUGAUUGAUGUGUACGAUAUGGAUCUCAAGCGGCAGACUCAGCUGAGCACCGAAGAUCUACGGUUUGCCGAUUUUAUCAUCCGAAACGUGCAGAAUCCCAAGGAGGAUGCCGAGGGGAGCGAGGUUUGGAUUCGAGAGCAGUUCUAUGGAUACAUGGUGGCGCUGCUCAAGUCUUCACUUUGUGCAGAAGGCAGCAAAGAACUGGAACAUUUCAAUGUGCAUUUCAUGAGUGCCCUCAAAGGAACUCAAUGCUACCAGGACUGGUUGGAGCGUAGCGGUGGCGAAACGAAUCCUGCCUUUGAAGCUCUCGUUGUCGGACAUCCGUUCGCAGGAACCCUCUCGGUGGCCGAUAUGAAGCUACGCAUCGCACAAACCAUGCAGAACAGCGAAAGUGGCCGCAAGCUGAACCAAGCGGUGAACACUACUAGUCGAGCGGUGGGUGGAGCCAUCAGUACCGCUAAAGGGGCAUUCUCCACCUGGUGGACAUCGAUUACGGCUGCGGUUCCGGCGACGGCUCCAUCAGCCGAUCAGUCACCGAGCGCACAAUCUGGCAAUGCUCAAAGCAACAAUAAUAACAACGGUGAUCAAUGCUCCGAGUCGAGUGACUGUGAUGACGAUCCGGAUCCGGAGAACAGCAGCUACAGCGAUAGCGAUCAAAGUCAAAGCGACGGAACCCCGGCACCUAGUCGGCCAAUAGCAACGGCCGAACUGAUAACAGAAAAGACCAACAAUAUUAUCGAAAUUGGCAAAGAGGCUGAACUAUUGGACAGAAAGCAGAAAAUUCUCGAUAUCUAAAAAAAACGUUAACCACCCACCGCUGAUUUGUUGCAGAUGAUUGCAUGCGCUGUGUUAGGAAGUUUGUAACCAUUCCAAAAUGACGAAUUUAACGGUAGAGGUCAGAUUGUUUAAAAAGUCAUGUUGUAAGUUGCAUCGUUUUUUCCGUUCCUUUAUAUUGUACUUACACCCUAUUCAACAGCUGCGCUGAAUCACACUCACUAAAGCAAGUGGUAAUGAAUAUUCAUCUCGCUUCAACAAGAAGUGCAAAAAAAGUUACAUAAGUGUAGUGCUAGACCAUUUAGACUCUAUUAUAAGUAAAACAACAGUUUGUUUAAAGUCAUAUUUUUAAGUUUUCGCAUAAUAGAAAAUAACACAUUAUACAACUGUGUGAUAAGACAUUAUAUUCAAACUUCGAUAGGAUAUCGUCACGAAAUAGCUGUCUAACAAUAGAAGCAUGUGUUACAAAUAAAGACAAAUAAACCAGAAAAAGCAAA